CUCAAGUCGUCCAUUGUGUCAAAGGUGUAAAAAACGACGUCUUUUCAAUUUCGCGUAGAAUAUUGGGUGCACAAAAAUGUAACUUUUCCCGGUUUAAAUCUAUUUUUUAGUUGCUUUUCAAGCGGAAUCGCAUCAAGAGUUUCCGGUUUACAAAAUUAACAUCCCGAAUAGAAAUAUAGUGAACUAUCUCAAAUAUUCCGGCAAAGUAACCUCCAGAGCUACCCAUAUUACAUAAAAUACCAGACGUCGUUUCGGAUAAAAGAACUUUAAGAGACGAAGAUUGCCAAACUGCGUAGUGCUGUUGAAAAAAACGGUAAAUGUCUUAGAGAAGAUUCCUUCGGAUAGGAGAACCAGUAAUCAGUUGAUUGUUGUUGUUCGGAUGAGUGCUAAGGGGGAAGCAUCGGCCCAAACACGUUCCGUAGCCACCGUAGCCGUUUUGCUCGGCUCCUUCUACGCCUGCGAUGACCGAUGAGAGCUUGGCCAGUGAACAUCUCCGGAACCGGCAGUGGCAGAAGGCGAAAGAUAUAUACGAUCAAAUCUUGGAAUCAAAUGAUUCAAAACUACCAAAAGAGCGCAUUAUUGCAUGUCUUUACGGAAGAACAGAAUGCUGCUUGGAACUUAAACAAUAUGACGCUGUCGCUGAGGAUUGCCAACGUCUGCUGAAGCUGCUGAAUGGUACAGAUCGUGUAACCGACUCGGCCAGUCCAAUCCCGUCGUCAGCUUCGUCGUCCUCAUCGACUUCGUCAAGUUCUUCGACACAAAACAAUGCAACCGGUACAACCGAGUCAAAAGUAAGAAAGCGGCUGAUUCAUUCCUUAUUUAAGCAGAAGAAGUUUGUCGAAGCGGAAAACAUUCUACAAGAAUGGUCUGACAGCCAAAACUCUCACCAGGACAUCUGUCGAUAUCUGGAACGCCUGAAAUCCAUACUGAAAAUGGCUUCCGCCAAUUCAUCACCACCUACACCAACGUUAAGCGGAGCUGAACAAGCAUCACAACCUGCUAUGCAACCUACGACUGCAACAGACAGCUCAUCUUCGCCGUCAUCACCGGAAUCUAACGCCGAUUCCUCCACGACACCAACGUCAACCAUUUCGUCGCUUUCAUCCAUCAACGACGAAUAUGAGCAGAUUGAAACCAAACUGGAAACCCUCAUAAUCAACAAUCUCCCUCCGGAUCGAUACACAAAACAGUUGAACCAAAUCGAAAGCAACUUGCGUGCUACAUCGGCAACCAACGGCGAAAGCAAUGGAGAUGACAGUAAUGGCGAUUCCGCUGGGUCUAGAGAGCAACAUUCCAGUGGGAAGGAAUCGGACUCAGGCGAAAGGAUUGAUACGACCGACGACAAGUCCACAUCUAACGGGAAUGAUGAAAGCAGCAAGAGUGACAAAGACCCUGGAUCGAAUGAAUCUGCGACCAGCGAAAUUCCUACGUCAACGGAACAGGGAAAUACCGCUGCGGCCAAGUCACCACCAUCAAACUCCACCAAUGUGAACAAUUUCCAGAAGCAGCUGGAUAAAAUUACAAACAUCAGUUGCGUCUACUGUACGCUCACCUUUGCGGACCGGUCGGAACUGCGGGCGCAUUGUCAAACCGAAAGCCACCAGAACAUCAUAAUGUCGGAUGAAGGUCGCGACUGGAAAUGGCGCCCGCCUCCACGUGGCUACACUGCGGAAUCGUACACGUUAUGUGAAAACUAUCUGGAGAACCAAAUUUGUCACUACGGUAAUCAGUGCGUCGAAGCCCAUGGAAACGACGAACUGAACGAGUGGAAGGAACGUUUCCAGUACCGUACGAAAAAGCUGGAACGUGCCCGAGAUAAGGAACUGUAUGGCAAGAGCUAUACCGAGCAGUUGUUGGAGCGGUGGGUACAGGCGCCAAGUCCCGACAAAGUGAUGAAAGAGAAAAUCGAAGGUGUGGAGGAGUCCUGCUCGCAGGAUCUAGUGACAACGGUGAGCUCCAAAGUGAGCAAACGAGAAUGGACAUUUGUGUUGAAGACAAGACGACUGUUGAAGGCGGUGGCCUUGCUGCAGGAUGCUCAUCGUAACCACUUUAUCAUAAAGCAAAUCUUUCCUGGAGAACCAAGGAGUGGAAGCGUUGGUAAGAAGAUGGGUCAAACGACAGCCGGCAACAGGGUGGUCGAAGCGGAAUUGAUGUCCGAUCAAGAAUGGGUUGCUUCGUCGGAAGUUAAACACAAUGAUCAAGUUAACGAAACAGGUCCCAUGUUAGAGCAUAGGGUGAAGGUUGUGUUUAACACUGACAUCUAUGGAACGUUCCGACAGGCGGUUGUUUUCGACCUAGGAAGCGAACCAGUCCUGGUGAAACAUCUUUGCGUAGAUGUUGUUCCAGUUACAGAGGUAGAUAAGAUACAGGAAAUUCGCAAAGACAUCGUGAUGUCUACGUCGGAACGAUGGGACGAAACAAAUUCGGAGAUGAUUGAGUUCACGACCACCAUCAUCCCACACAUGCAUACUCCGGCCUAUGCUGCAGAUGCUGAACGCGAGAAGGAUUUAUUGGCGAGAUAUCCUCUGCCGAAAGCAACGUCCUUUGUACUGACGCAAUCUACCAUCACAGAAAAGAAGCUGACUAAGAACAACUAUCGCAAUCGUAUCCACGAACUGUUGUACGUCGAAGAGAUCGCACGUUACGAACAGAUAGCUCGGUACAAUCUGACGACAAGACUAACAAUAGCCACUAACUAUUUGCUGACACCAAGCGGAAUGGCCACCAGCACAGCUAAGUAUUCCCAUUCGGGUGAACUAUUUGCGUUAAUGAAGCUAGGAAAAGAUGUUUCGGAAGACACCUCGGCUGGGCGGUUAAUCCUGAACAAUUGCCAAGCGGUCCUAAUUGCUUCGAAGGAUCCCGUGCCAUCUGGAGAAAAGCGUAAGGUUUACGAGGCCGUUAUUGAGGACAAAGGAAAGAACAUGAUAUACCUCAAAGUAUCCGCAAAGGCUGUCGCUGGUCUUGGAUUGAAAGCUGAUACAGAAUUCGUCUCAGACAUACAAUUCCAACCCAAUCGCCUAACCUAUUGUGAGUGGCAUCAUGCAAUUGAUAAGAUUGCCGAUUUCCGAAUCAUUUUCCCGGACAUCUACCUUGAACCGAGCAUUCCGUGGACACCGCAGCGUCAGUGGGACGCCUCACUGGAUCCGAAACUGAACUCCAAACAAAAGGAAGCAGUUGUGGCCAUAACGACCCCCAUCAACGUGGCCUUGCCACCGAUCCUCUUGAUCGGCCCUUUCGGUACAGGCAAAACGUAUACGCUGGCACAGGCUAUCAAGCAGUUGCUGUUGCAACCGGAGUCGAAAAUUCUUAUCUGCACGCACUCCAACUCGGCGGCUGACCUGUAUAUUAAGGACUACCUGCAUCCGUGGGUUGAGGAAGGCAUGGAGGAGGCCAAACCGUUGCGCGUGUACUACCACAAGCGAUGGGUAGCUACGGUCAACAGUAUUGUGCAGAAGUAUUGUCUAAUCGACUUGAACAUCAAUGUGCGCAACUUCCGUCGUCCGACGGUGGAGGAUAUUCUGAAACAUCGCAUCGUAGUCGUAACGCUGAACAUUUCGAUGGAACUGGCAUCGCUCGACUUGCCAAAGGGACAUUUUACCCACAUCUUCCUCGAUGAAGCCGCACAAGCGAUGGAAUGUGAAGCGAUCAUGCCGCUAGCGCUUGCCACCGAGAAAACCCGCAUCGUUCUGGCCGGAGACCACAUGCAGAUGUCACCGGAGUUGUUCUCCAAUUUCGCCAAGGAACGCAAGUUGCAUAUUUCUCUGCUGGAGCGUUUGUACGAUCAUUACCCGAACGAUUUUCCUUGUAAAAUCCUGCUGUGCGAGAACUAUCGGGCACAUGAGGCGAUUAUCAAGUUUACGUCGGAGCUGUUCUACGAGCAGAAACUGAUUGCAUCGGGUAAGCAACCGAGACAUGAGAAAUUUUACCCGCUAACAUUUUUCACGACGAGAGGGGAGGACGUGCAGGAUAAGAAUUCGACGGCCUUUUAUAACAACUCUGAGGUUUACGAAGUGGUCGAACGGGUUUGUGAGUUGCGUAAAAAGUGGCCAAGUUCGUGGGGGAAAAUCAACGAUCAAAGCAUAGGUAUAAUGACACCGUAUGCGGAUCAGGUGUUUCGAAUUCGUUCGGAAUUGAGGAAGCGACGAAUGGGCGGAAUAAGUGUGGAACGUGUUUUGAACGUUCAGGGCAAGCAGUUUCGAGCGAUAUUUCUGUCGACGGUUAGGACGAGACGAACUUGCAACACUAAUUCCAGUGAGAGCAGCAAAACAUCCGAGGAUGUUGAUUAUGGGUUCUUGAGCAAUUCGAAGCUUCUGAAUACAGCAAUCACUCGAGCUCAAAGCUUGGUAGCUGUUGUUGGGGAUCCAGUGGCGUUAUGUUCGAUCGGUCGUUGUAGGAAAGUUUGGGAACGGUUCAUCGAGAUAUGCCACCAAAAUAAGAGUUUGUUUGGAAUUACGUGGAAUUUGUUGCGAUCGCAGUUGGAUGGUGUUGAAUUGAAGAAGACGUAUGUGUUGAACCCUUUGGCGCCAGAGUUCAUCCCUCGGGCAUUACAAGCUGAAGCAUAUCUGCGCGAGCAGGCAGCUAAUGUAACAGGGCAAUUCCACCAGCAGCAAACCCAUCAUGCCCAACAUCCUAACAAUUAUCACCAACCAAUCAACCAGAACUUCCCGAGUGGGCAUGGUGGAAGUGGCGGAGGGGGAGUUAAUAGCGGUUCAAAUAAUAACAUGAUGCGACAGAUUAUUCCACAGCAGCCAUUGCCUCAACAGCAACCUCCGUUUUUGGGGCACGGGCCAGCUCACAGUGGACAUCCACCUAUUCCACAGCAAACACAACAACCGUUUUCAUAUCAGAACCCAAUGUUCUUUUAUCAGCAACAACAGCAGCAGCAACAACAGCAAUCGCAACAACCGCCACUGCGAGGACCACCACCCCAUCCCAACGCCCUGGGACCUCCUGUACCGCCAAAUAUACCCCAAGGACCAGCUGCAUUUCCCCCGAACAAUCCGGCGAAUCUGUGGAGCGCACCUGGAACCGGUGCACAUUUUCCUAUGGUACCUUCGCCCGGUGGUCGUAACACUCCACCAGGUUGGCGACUUCCACAGAAAAAUGCUGCUCAACCGAUUCGUCCUCAGUUGGCUCAACAUCAGCAUAUGCAACUAACGGCCAGCGGCGGAAGACCGCUCAUUCAACCACCCUUGAGGAGUCCUGUAUCACAACAGCAACAGUUAUCUACUGUUCCACAGAUGCCUUACCUCCAACAGCCCCAAAAUAAGAACUUGCAAAACUUUGCUCCAUUCACUCACCACCAGGCACAUCCUCCGACUCUUGGCCACCACCAGCAACAGCAGCAACCCCAACCCCAACAACAACAGCAGCAGCAACCUCACCAGCUACAUCAGAAUCACAUCCGUCCCAUCCUUGGCGGUCCAAUCAGCCCCAGCUCCUAUCAACAACAGCAACAGCAGCAGCAGCAACAACAAUCCCAUCAAUCUUCGCUCUAUUCUCAGCAAGAUCCUUACCUAACCAAUAUAUCGAACGAUAUAAUGGCCACAAUAACAGCAAGAGCUUCGCAACUGCAAAUACCAUCUGCACAUCCUCCACAAAAUUUGCUACAUCAGCAAAAUCAGAAAAUCAAUCCACUACGAAUGGACGAUCGUCUCGACAAAGAUAUCCAGUUCCUGCAAAACGUACAUUUCCCGGAUAAGUACGGUCAAGCGUCUCAACCUCUUCAACAACAACAGCCGCCACAGCAGCAUCACCACCAACAGCAACAUCAACCCCAUUCUGGCGCCGCAGCAGCCUCCGCUUCCGAUUUCAAUCACUUGCUACCGCCCAACAUGAGCUUCCUGGACGUGGCACUCCAGAGUAAGGAAUACCAGUACAUUUGGUUCAUCAAGCUCACGGAAACCCACGGUCUCGAUGCUGCCAACAAGUUCAUUGAAAUCCUUCGACAGGUUCCAAACCUGGCCACUGCUGCAGGCCACCACAAUCAACAGCCACAGAAGAAGCAUAACCCGUUGAUACCUUCGCAAGCUGACCUGUUCCUGGAUAACAUAUUGAACACCAACAAGGACGUCAUGGCCCCGACAAACAUUCAGCAGCCCACAAUGCAUCACCAGUCGCAGAACGCUUCCGUUUCGAAUGGGAAUGCUCUCCUGGCAUGCCAAAGCGGAGGGAAGAGCCUGCUCGAUAACGUUGAUCUGUUUGGAAAUUUGUCAUCGUCGCUGCAGAACGACAUCCCUCUAAUCGGUUCCAAUUCUUCUGCGUCGUCUUCGCAGCAAUCGGUCCCACUGUAUCGUCGACAAGCUGGCCAAAACUACCAGAACAGUACCACUUCUUCGUCCAAUGCCCAGUCCAUAGCGUCCUCAACACCGGACCUGUUGGACAACCACCUGCAGCAGUCGCUCUUCGACGCAUUGGACAAUAAACUACAUCCGAACAGCAGCAGUAUGAUGUUUGGUGGUCAGAACCCAUCCCAGUUCGGAGCUGGCGAUCACUCGAACGGUUUCCAGGGAUUCCCAUCGAUACACAAUCUAGCGGCAGGACUAAUGCAGCAGCAGCAACAACAACAACAGCACCAGCAACAGCACAAUCUCAACAGUCGCGAGUUCUGGCAUCAACUGCAACAGCAACAACAUCAACAUCAGCAGCAACAUUUGCAUGAGGGCCGUGGCAAUUCCGCCACUAGCACCGUCGAAGAGCUGCUAAAUCGUCAAAAUCAAACCUAUGCCAGUGUGCUGAGUCAGGCUGGCAGCAAGUCGGGCGCAUCCAAGGAUGGCAGCGGAGCGAACGAUGGCAGCGGCGGUUCCGGAGGGGUCCCGUUCGCCGCCCUGCGCGAUCUGGGCCGGAAAAGCAACGGGUUCUAUAACUACUUUCAGUAGGCGCGAAGAGCGAACGGGGACGAGAGGUAAGUGAUAUUUUUUCGGCGAGAUAUAUGAAGUUUAUGGUUGCGCGCGAUAUGAUCAUUCUCUAUUAAACUUUAAUAACUAUAGACGAUGUAAUAUGAAGCAAACGGGGUGAUAGACGCGCGAAGGAGUAUAUUGUAGGAAUAGAAACAACAAUGAUUGUUGAAAUGUAGGAGGUAAUCAUCAAAAUCAAGACUGGAGCGAAAACCAGACAAGUCUGGUAGUAUUGAAUUACAAAUUUCAUUUAAUUUUAUCAUUUUGAGUUAGGAUUAAAAUUAUCGGGUAAGAGCAAAUUAAAUCUUGUAUACUGAUGAACCAUUCUUGCAACCUUUUUUGAUUGGGAAAGCAAAAAAAACACGUUCGAGACAUCGAGUGGGAAAAUUAUUUUCGAAUUUCUUCUUUACGGAUUAGGAGCGUAGGGUCGAACAUGGCUAAUUUAUUUGGCUUCUUGUUUAUGAUGAUUUCCUCUCAAGUUCGAAUUUUUACGGCGUGACUUUGAGAACAAGCUUUGAAAAGUGAUGCGGUAAUCAUUGAAACGGUCAGAGGACAAUUCGGGAAGUUAGGAAACGUAGAAAUGCAAGUUCAUAAAAUAAAAGAAAAAAAAAACAAAAAAGUUACAAAAAAAUCAUAAAAUAAUACAAAAAUCCAAAAAGUUUCGUCUACUUAUAUACAAUUAUAUAACACAUUACAUUAAAUAAUUUAUGAAAUGAAAAAAAUAUGAUAAAAUCUAAUGAACGUAUAAAAAAUUUCUAUUUUACUUAUCCAAACGUUUCGAUAUUUAGUCAUACUUUAGAUUGAAGUGUUUCGUUUGAUUUUCUAUUGACUUUCAAUGAAAUUUACUAAUAUAUACGUUACGAUUCCUAUUUUUUAACGCUUUUGAUUCUGUUCUCCGUGCAUAACUACCUACUACACACUAAGCAAACAUUGAAUGCCGAGGGCUUCAGCAAUAACGUGAUAGCUAUUCAUUUGCAAUAUUCCCCCUGCUGCACAUCAAUCUCAAACGUUUAGCAGUACAUUCACACACAUAUAUAUGCAUACAGAAAUGGGGGACAAAACAGGUUAAUGGGGUAUUUUUCUAUUUUUGGCGAAGAACAAUGCAAAGAUGUCCAAAAAUGAACUUAAAAACUAGAAGAGAUCGUUCAGCAAAUUGGCGUUGAUGAGUUUGACACUCCUCAAAUGAGAGUCAAUAUUUUUUAUAGGAUUUUACAGAGUUUACUAAGAAAACAUAUUAAAGAUAUUAGAAAUUGUCCUUCUAGAAACUUCGGACAAAUUACCAGAGGCGCUAUUUCGAAAAACAAAAAAAUCCACAGACAGUAUCGCCAUCUGUUGAUUGCAUGAUGAAGCUUCAAAUGCUCAGCCACAAAUUGCACAAAGGUGACCAAGAUUCAAUUGGUUGUCCGACAUUUCGCGGUGUACCUACCAUUUCGCGGUUAGUACCAUUUUGCGGUAUGCCAUUUCGCGGUCCAUACCGUUUCGCGGUGUUGGUUUUCCUACGAGUGGAACUGAAAUUUUUUGGCAUUAUCGCUAAUAACAUUUUCAUCGGUGAUUUACCCUUUUUUUGAAUACAGGCUGUCCUUCGAAUUGCACACCCGCGAAAUGACAUGCCGCCGGUACUAAUUGCGAAAUGUCGUAUCGCGAAAUGGCAAACAGCGAAAUGGUACACCGCGAAGUGGAUUACCGCAAAAUGUUGUACAAUCGAUUCAAUUAUGAUUGCACGUACACGGUAGUGAUAACUGCAAAUCGUAAUU